AUGGACAAAGCAUGGGUACAUCUAAGCAGAGUUGAUCCUGGUUAUGAGAGAGGGGCUGCAAAGUUUGUACGGGAUGUGGCUUCAGCUAUGGGAGGGAUUGAUAUGAUUGUAUGUCCGUGCAUUGACUGCCGUAACAUUGAUCGUCACUCAGGCAGUGUGGUACUUGAUCAUCUUGUUACCAGGGGAAUGGAAGAGGGUUAUAAGAUGCGGUCAGAUUGGUAUCUACAUGGAGAGCUGAACUCAGAGGUUAAAGGUGAAAGCAGAGUAAGCGACUGGAAGGAUGAGAUCUUUGGGUUGUACAGAGCUGCUGAGUGUUUUGAUGAAGAGUUAGCCGAUACUGGGGAUAUAUCUAACACGGCAGAGGGAGACGACAAGAGGGAAGAUGAGUUCUUGGCAAAGCUAGCUGAUGCUGAAACACCAUUGUAUCCAAGUUGUGCAAGCCAUAGCAAGUUAUCUGCAAUUGUUUCAUUAUUUAGAUUGAAGACUCGGAAUGGGUGGUCUGACAAGAGCUUCAAUGAUCUGCUUGAGACAUUGCCGGAGAUGUUACCAGAAGAAAAUUUGCUUCACACAUCACUGUAUGAUGUGAAGAAGUUUUUGAAAACGUUUGACAUGGGCUAUGAGAAGAUUCAUGCAUGUGUCAAUGACUGCUGUUUAUUCAGAAAGAAGUUCAAGAAGCUUGAGAAGUGUCCAAUGUGCAAGGCUUCAAGGUGGAAGACUAAUAUGCACACUGGUCAGAAGAAGAAAGGCGUCCCACAGAAAGUUCUUCGUUACUUUUCUAUAAUACCAAGACUGAAGCGAAUGUUCCGGUCUGAAGAGAUGGCCAAGGAUUUAAGGUGGCACUUUGGCAACAAGAGCACCGAUGGGAACCUUCGUCAUCCUGUUGAUUCAGUGACAUGGGAUCAGAUGAAUGCUAAAUACCCUACAUUCGCAGCCGAAGAAAGGAACCUCAGGCUUCGACUUUCAACAGAUGGAUUCAAUCCAUUCAACAUGAAGAAUUCGAUGUACAGUUGCUGGCCUGUUUUGUUGGUGAAUUAUAACUUGCCACCUGACUUAUGCAUGAAGAAGGAGAACAUUAUGCUUUCAUUGUUGAUUCCUGGUCCACAUCAGCCUGGUAAUAGUAUAGACGUGUACUUAGAACCCCUCAUUGAAGAUCUUAACAGUCUGUGGAGCAUUGGAGAGGCAACCUACGAUGCUCUUACUCGAUCUACUUUUACUCUUAAGGCCAUGCUACUUUGGACGAUCAGCGACUUUCCAGCCUAUGGGAAUCUUGCAGGCUGCAAAGUUAAAGGUAAAAUGGGGUGUCCAUUAUGUGGGAAAAAUACAUAUAGCAACUGGUUGAAGUUCAGUAGAAAACAUGUGUACAUGGGCCAUAGAAAGGGUCUGCCACCAAGUCAUAGUUUUAGAGGCAAGAAGAAAUGGUUUGAUGGAAAAGCUGAACAAGGGAGAAGGGGAAGAAUACUAACUGGUCGUGACAUUUCUCAAAACCUGAGAAAUUUCCACAAUGAUUUCGGAAAUUUCAAACGUUCUGCAAGUAAGAGAAAUAGGGUUCAGUGUUCUGCUGAUGUAGGCUUAGAUUCUGAGGAACUCCCGGUUAGGCACAACUUAGAUGUAAUGCAUGUGGAGAGAAAUGUUGCUGCGAGUUUAGUUUCGACGUUGUUGCACUGUGGGAAAUCAAAAGAUGGUCUUGCGGCUCGCAAGGAUCUUGAGGACAUGGGUAUUAGGCCGGAGUUGCAUCCUAAAAUCCAGGGUAAACGAACCUAUCUGCCUCCAGCACCGUGGUCUUUGUCUAAAACAGAGAAGAAGAUCUUUUGCCGGCGUCUUUUUGACUUCAAAGGGCCAGAUGGAUAUUGUUCUAACAUAUCAAGAGGUGUUUCAUUAGAUGACUGUAAAGUCAGUGGUCUGAAAUCACAUGACUACCACGUCCUGAUGCAACAACUUCUGCCGAUUGCACUUAAAGGGUUGCUACCUAAAGGACCGAGGCUUGCAAUAUUUAGGUUAUGCGCUUUCUUCAAUCUGCUGUGUCAGAGAGUCAUUGACAGGGAGAAGCUUCUGGUUAUGGAAGCUGAGAUUGUUGAGACUCUGUGCUUGUUUGAAAGAUUUUUUCCUCCAAGUUUGUUUGAUAUCAUGCUCCAUUUGACUGUGCAUCUAGGAAGAGAAGCUCGGCUUGGUGGACCAGUCCACUUUAGAUGGAUGUACCCUUUUGAAAGGUACAUGAAAGUUCUCAAAGACUUUGUGAGAAAUCCUGCAAGGCCCGAGGGAUGCAUUGCUGAGUCCUAUCUAGCUGAGGAAUUGCCACUUGAUUCAACCGAACAUGAAGAAACACUUAAGUGGAUAGCUUAUGGGCCUCGUUGUUCUGCAAGGUCGUACACAGGAUUCAUAGUUAAUGGACAGAGGUUUCACACAAUAUCAGUUGAUAGGAAAAGUCAGAAUAGUGGGGUUUAUUAUGAGGCUACAGCAGUUUGUAGAUCCAGUGCCAAAGAUACAUCUCAGGUGGUCGAUUUAGUAUCUUACUAUGGCAGAGUCACAGACAUCAUCUUGAUGGACUAUAAUGUCUUCUAUGUUCCUCUGUUCCGGUGUCAAUGGGCAGUAAAGGGUAAUGGAGUGAAGAUUGAAGAUGGUUUUACACUUGUCAACAUGAAUCAAAGUCAAGCAUCCUUUGCAAGUGACACGUACAUACUAACAUCUCAAGCAAAGCAAGUAUUUUACUCUAGGGAAGAUGAGUCAUCAAAUUGGUAUAUUGUCAUGAGAGGUCCUUCUAGAAGAUACAGUAAGCAAGAUAUUCGAGAGGGAAAUGCAGACAUUGGGCCAUUGCCAUCAAAUUUUGAUAUGGAUGUCGACAUGGAUGAAGCUGAAAAUGCGAGAACUGAUUGCGAAGGGAUAUAUGUGUGA